AGUGAGAGAGGUAGGGGACGUGGCAGGCCCCGACGUGGAAGGGGGGCUGGUGGAUCAUUUAGAGGUGGAAGACCCGCUGGAGCUCCUCGUAGUGGAGGGCCCCUUGGGGUGAAUGCUAGGCCAUCAGCUCACGUCAUUGCCAAGGCAAGCUCGAAACUAAUGGAUGUCUUAUGAAUUCCAUAAUCAUUCUGAUAUGCUCUUUAAAACAAAAUGAAGGUUCUCUCUAGUUUUGCUUUAGAAAUUCCAUCAUGAGAAGUUCUGUGACAUUAUUGGGUCCGAGGAGGUGCCCAAUUUGGAUCAACCAUAAUAAGCUGUUGUGCAAUUGUUCCACCGUCAUCAAGGUCUCUCUUCAUGUUGGUUUAUCAUGAGGAGUUUACAACAAAAGUAUUGAUAAAAGUGGGAGUGAUGGCUUUAUCAAGAGAUUUCACUUUAUAGUACCUUAAUAUUGAGGAGCUUCAUUAUUGAAAUUUUAAGAACUUUCACCAUUUAAACAUCCUUAACAUCUAGAGGGCUACAUCCUUAACAUCUAGAGGGCUGACUUUCUAAGUGAUCUCUAAACGUUGUUAUUCAGUAGCAAGUUUAUGACGGAUCCUGUUGCUAUAUGCCGAAUUUCUUCGGGUCGUGGUUUUCAGUUAGUAUCCCAGUUCAUGGUGUUUCGCAAAGGUGGCUUCCUUCGCUGAACCUCAGAACUGGAGGUCUUGCUUUUUCCUUAAGCACCAGUUGAUGUGCAAUUGUGCAUCUUUCCGCAGAACAAAGAAUUUGCCAUGGCAGAAUGGAUUAUUUGAAGAUAGCCUUAGAGCUGCUGGGUUAUCAUCUGGAUUAGAAAGUGGGUCUAAGUUAUAUGUUUCAAACUUGGACGUUGGAGUGACUAAUGAAGAUAUAAGGGAACUCUUUUCUGAGAUUGGAGAAUUGAUAAGAUAUGCAAUUCACUAUGACAAGAAUGGGCGCCCAAGUGGUUCAGCUGAGGUGGUUUUUGCACGAAGAACUGAUGCAUUCCAAGCACUGAAAAGAUACAACAAUGUGCAGUUAGAUGGGAGGCCUAUGAAGAUUGAAAUAGUUGGCACCAAUUCACAAAUUCCUAUGUUGGCUCGUGUUAAUGUUGUUGGAGGGACUAAUGGGAGGAGGACAGUCAUUAUGAAUGCUGGACAAGGACCAGCUCGGACUAGAAGUGGUGGUGUUACUCCUGCUGCUAAUUGGGGUUCUGGCCAAAGGGGUCGGGGCACACGUGGACGUGGUGGUCGUGGCAGAGGCCGUGGUCGUGGACGUGGUGGACAGGGAAGGAAGAAGCCUGUCGAGAAAUCCGCUGAUGAUCUCGACAAAGAGCUGGACAACUACCAUGCUGAAGCCAUGCAGACUUGAUAUCCAUAUCCGAUUUUAGAUAAACCUAAUCAGACAAUUAGCUUGUAAGAGUGACAGUAGUUCUGUUUUUGGCUUCCAGAUUGUUGGGUGUUUUUAUUGUUUUUGGUCGAUGUAUGAAUAGUACUUUUAACAAUAUGUAGCUAUUGAAGGGUUAUGUUUGAUUUAAUCUUUGUUUUGCUAA